CAGAACAGUUGCCAUAGCAAUGGCAGGAAACAUCGCAACAACUUUAACAAAGAAAUUCAUCGAGUAUUUUGACCAGGAGACCGAAGCUCCAAGUCUUGCCCAUUUUUAUUGUUAUGACAAUGAAGCCUUCAUAAAAGGUACCCCCAACACUGAAUACAAGGCAACCUGGUCAAAUCGGUUUAAAAAAGCAGUCCAAGAAAGAAAUAUUGUGGAUUAUAGACAAGACAAACCUAACUGGGAAGAAAUACAACAGGAACUUGAAAACAACCUUGAAAACAAGCCAACACCAAAAACCAGUCCAAAAUCCAGAUCCCCAACUUUAAAAACUAAACUCAUGGCAGACGAAAAAACGAAACUUAAAGCCAUUUUCGAAGAUCUAGAUCCAAAAAACUUUUGGUAUCUAAAAUCAACAAUUUCUGAACCAAAUCAAAAAGCCAAGUCUGUGGAAGAGCGUAUGAUAAAAUUUGCUCUUAAUUGUAAUUACUAUCAUCCAAGUCAACAACUUAUACUCGAUCUUACUGAUUCCAACUGGGACGACAUAUUCACCAAGGCAGAAAGAAAAGAAAUCGAAGAUGCUGGAUGCAAACUAUUAAGACCAGUGGAUGUGUCAUUGACUCGACUACUAGGUGAAUUAUAUAAAAAGAAAACAGCAAAAGAAGCAUUUAAUUUUGCACGUACAAUCGAACUUGAUCCUGAAGAUGAGCCUAUUCUCGCAUGGUUAUCGACAUCCAUCUAA